AUGCCUCCGACUAUUCCUCAGCGUGGCGGCCCCUCCGGCUUGAAAGGGCGUCCUGGGACGGUCUCUGGAAAGACGGUCUUUGGCGCCAAGGGUGGCAAGCGUCACAGGAAAAUCAUCAAGGACAACAUCCGUGGAAUCAGCAAGUCAAUCCCGGCCGUGGGCUCAUUUUGUCGGCUGGCUCGGCGUGGCGGCGUCAAGCGAAUUUCAGCGGCGAUCUAUAACGACGUUCGUGCUGCUCUGAUGGACAGACUCAGAUUGAUCCUCCGUGACUGUGUCACGUAUGUUGAUUAUAGACGUGCGAAAACUGUCACCGUCUAUGAUGUCAUCCACGCCUUGAAGCGCAUCGGUCGACCGGUUUAUGGGUUCGACCCUGAGACUUACAAACCCAUCAAGGUCAAGGCCCGACAAGCCACGGCCAACGACGAUUGA